GAUUGAAUCAUUCUUUCUAAUAACAGCUGUGGUCCUUUGCCAAACUUCUUUUAGUGUAGUGAGUUGUGAUCAUAAUAAAUAGUGCAUUUUUGGGAGGAGCCUCGAAUCAACCAAUCUCUGUCUAACUAAACUAAAUGCGUGUCCCUUGGAACUCUAGUAGUAGGUUAAGAGAAUUACUAUGUCAUGGCAAAUCUCAAGACGUUCUUCUCCACUACCGUGAAUUGAACAAGACCGGGGUUGAGUUGACGGACCAUUCCGUUUUCCCCAUCCUUCUCAAAGCAUGUUUAAAUCUCUCCUCUACACAUGGCGGCAACUCUAUCCAUGCCUCUCUGGUUAAGCAUGGAUUCUUAGCUUUCACUUCCGUCGGUAAUUCUAUGAUGGACUUCUAUGCUAAAUCUGGGGAUUUGGGUUCUGCACUUGUUGUUUUUAACUGCAUGGGCAACAAAGAUUCAGUUUCCUGGAAUGUAAUCAUUCAUGGGCACUUAUUAGAGCGAGCUGCUGCUGCUGCUGCUGCUCCCCGAGGAUUAUGGUUCUUCACUCAGGCUUGGGCUGCAGGUUUUGAACCCAACAUCUCCACUUUUGUGCUUGUCAUUCAGGCUUGUCGCAAUCUUACAGCUUUUCACGCUGGCCGGACGAUCCAUGCUUCUACCCUUCGUGCUGGGUAUUCAAGUAUUACUUCCGUCCAAAACUCGCUCCUCAGUUUCUAUGCUGAAUUCGGAAUGCACCUUGCGCACAACCUUUUUGAUGAAAUGACUGACAGAGACGUUAUUUCUUGGAGUGUCAUGGUUGCUGGCUAUGCCCAAAGUGAGGAGGAAACGGUGCUUGCGCUGGAGUUGUUUCAACGGAUGAUUGAUUUUGGGAUAACACCAGAUGGAAAAUCGGUGGUAAGUAUACUCAAAGCCUGCAGCAAAUUGAAGGCCAUUAGAAUGGGAAAGUCAAUUCACGGAUUUGUUAUCUCUAGAGGUCUGGGUUAUGAUUUGUUCGUACACAACUCUCUGAUCGACUUGUAUUCUAAAUGCAAUGACAUUGAUUCUUCAUUGAGAGUUUUCCGGGGAAUUCCUGAGAAGAAUGUUGUGUCCUGGAACUCUUUGUUGUCUGGACUUGUGCAGAAUGAGAUGCAUUCUGAGGCCCUUACGUCAUUUGAUUUGAUGCAGAAGGCUGGAGUUGAAUCUGAUGAGGUGACUCUGGUCAAUCUGCUGCAGUUAUGUAAGUCCUUCCUUGAACCUUACCAGUGCAAGCUGAUACAUUCCAGAAUACUCCGACGUGGUUUUGAGUUGAAUGAGUUGGUUACAAACUCUUUGAUCGAUGCAUAUGCAAGUUGCAAUCUCAUAACUUAUGCAUGGAGUCAAUUUAGUAAUAUGAGAACACGAGAUGCAGUAACUUGGAGCACCAUGAUUGCCGGCUUCACCCACUGUGGCAUGCCUGACGAAGCAAUUGCUGUUUUCCGAGAGAUGAGCCACAUCUCUGAAUGGCCCAAUGCCAUCACCAUGUUAAAUCUUCUUGAAGCUUGCGCUCUUUCUGCAGAUAUGAAAAGAUCAAGGUGGGCUCAUGGCAUUGCUAUUCGAAGAGGGUUGGCAUCUGAUGUGGUAGUGGGAACUGCGAUCUUAGAUAUGUACUCAAAAUGUGGUUCUAUUGGAUCUUCAAGAAAAGUGUUUGACCGGAUUCCACAAAAGAAUGUCGUGACCUGGAGUGCCAUUAUCGCAGCAUAUGGUUUGAUUGGCCUCCCAAAUGAAGCUCUAGCCCUACUUGCUGAGAUGAAAAUUUGUGGCCUGAGGCCAAACCAAGUUACUGCACUGUCUCUUUUAUCAGCUUGUAGUCAUGGGGGAUUGGUAGAAGAAGGGCUCUCUCUUUUUGAGGAGUUGAUUUGGGAUCAUGAAGUUGAACCUGGCUUAGAACAUUACUCUUGCCUAGUAGAUUUGUUAGCUCGGGCUGGAAAGGUUGAUAGUGCAAUGAAUUUGAUAGGAAAGCUACAUGUUGGACUAAAGCCUGGUGCAAGUGCAUGGGGGGCACUCUUGAGUGCUUGUAGGAACUAUGAAAACUAUGAGUUUGGUGCCAUUGCCUUCCCUCAAGUAGUUGAACUUGAGCCGUCAAGCUCAGCUGGCUAUCUGCUUGCAUCAAACAUGUAUGCAUCAGGUCAUUCAUGGGUUGAUGCCACUAAAAUGAGAAUGCUGGCUAAGGAAGGAGGUGUGAAGGUUAUAGCUGGCUAUAGCUUAGUGUAUGUAAAUGGUAAGGCAUGCAGGUUUCUUGCGGGAGAUAACCACCAUUCUUUGUCUGAUGAAUUGCAGUUUGCUAUUCAGCAACUGCACUCGAGCAUGAAAAUGGGCAUAACCUGCGGAUAGGGGAUUCUUUUUGUUUUUAAGUAAAUGCGACACCUUUCCACAGCUAAAGAACAAUCUUUCGAACUCUGGAUUGUUGGGGCAGAAGCUUGUGAAUUCUACUCCAAACAAAGGCGGUAAUUAAGAAUGACGGGUAAAGAAUCCUCCAUUCGUAUUGAGCCCCUGAUUAUAUGCAUCUGCUGCCUACUGUAACUUUUGUGGGGGGUUAGGGAGUAGCCAUGAGAAGGGAACCAUUUGCAAUCUAAUGAUAGGGUAAAAGGUGCCUUAGUAGUGGGUUGUUAUCCUGCUGUCCACUUAAUGUUUGUGACCUAGAUGAGUGAGGUGAUUCUAAUACACAGUCUCUGACAGAAAUGCAAGGUAAGGCCGCAUACAAUAUACCCUUGUGGUCGGGCCCUUCCUCCGGACCCUGCGCAUAGCGGAAGCUUUAGUGCACCGGGCUGUCCUUUUUUAUAGUUCCAUAAAUGUUUGGUGCGAGUUAUGCCAAGACAAUAGCAGUAUAGUUGCAGCUAGCAGCUAGGAUCGAGACGGUGUUGCAAUAUUUAUCUAGUCACGUUACCUCAUAUCACU